CUUCAAUAUUCAGUAGACAACGAAUAUAUAUUUCCAUUGUAAUUGUAACGUAAAACGGCAAUAAGGCCUCUCAUAUACAUAUUUUAAACGUUAUUCGUCUAAAAUGGACCCAAGGAAGAAACAUCGAAAAUUAAAAACUGCGAAUCCAGCUGAAAUUCUACGAUCGCAUCAGAGGGACGAUGAUUUUAUCAAACAUUUGCGGGAAAAAGUUGUCGAUGCUUUGCAAUUGCUUGCAAAACAAAAGGGUUUGCUACCCCUUAUACAUUCUAACAUUCCAUAUAAGUUAAUCUACUUCUUUUUCACAUCGGGAAUGGGAAAUCAAACGCUAGGUGAAGAGUAUACUGGGAUUGUACAAGCCAAUUUAGACGCUCACAAAGUUCCAACACUAUUUGCAAGAAUGCUAGCAGUGAUUUUAGAAUGUUUUGGAGAAAGAGUACUGUUGAGAUUAUUGAAAAGAUUAGAAUUGUCUGUUAAUUCUCCUGAUAGUGAAUUAACUCCAGCAGCUGCAAUGUUCUUAAACUCUUUUAUAUCAAAAAUGUAUACUACGAUACCUAUCUUAAUAUUAGUACAUAAAGGAUUGUUUUAUAUGUUUGGUCGAUAUUAUAGUCUAGGAAAGAGAGCAGCAGGAGUAGAUUAUGCAAAGGUGUAUGGUCGUCGUCCAACUGAUACUAUUAGUUGGGGAUUAAGGUUAUUAGGGAUAGUGACACUUGUACAGUGUGCAUUAAAAAUGUGGCGGAAUAGCAACAGUGAAAAUGAUACUGAUAAAUAUUUAAAAGCUGAUGAGAAACAUAGUAAGCUAGAGUGUCGGUUAUGUCUUGAAAGAAUGUCAACAACUACCACACCCUGUGGUCAUUUGUUUUGUUGGUCUUGCCUUACUGAUUGGUUGAAUUCUAAACCACAAUGUCCUUUGUGUAGAGAACACGUUGUACCAUCGAGAAUUGUACAUGUGAUGAAUUUGUAA